AUGAUCGGACUUCGGGCGGCUUUCAUGCAAGGCUUCUCGACAGGCCGACCGGGGAACUCGCCUUCGGCAACAAACUGGAUGGUGCAGAUGGCCCACAAGUAUCCCGGGGAGGUAUCCAUCUACCCCGCUGGGGCAUUGACUGAUAUCGCGCUUGCGAUGCGCAUGGAUCCGCAGUUUGCGUCACUUGCCAAGGAUCUCAUGAUUAUGGGUGGAUAUGCUGGUUUGUAUUUGCCGACUGAAUCGAGUCGGAUGUGA